GCUUCCUAACUCGAGUGAUUCCCAGGCUGGCUGGCUGCUGGCAGUAAGCUCUGUGCUCUGAUCUGCCAGCUCUGAUGGGGUUUCAUGCCCGUGCAGGCAGUGCUGGGGAUCCUGAGGGCAACACAGGUUUCAGCUGCUUCUAAUACCUACCUAUUGACCAUAUCAGCCUACACAGAUGAUAGCCAUGGAGAGCUAAUCCCAACUUUACUGAUGGCUAAUGGAUCAUCAACCAAUGACAAUCAAUAGAAUCCAAAAAGGGAGCUAAAAGAAGAUCGAACGCAAGAGGCCCAAGGACAACUGGCAGAUAUGAGAGUGGUACUGGUGUGUGCCCUCCUCUCCCUCCUGUCUCUGUCACAUGCCUGUCCAAAGGAGUGCAGCUGCAACAGCAACACCAAAGUAGUAGACUGCCGGGGGCGAGGCCUGUAUGACAUCCCCCGACGAUUGCAUCCAGACACACAAGAACUAUAUCUCCAAGACAACCGUAUCAGGGGGCUGGGAUCGAUGGCGUUCCGAGAAAUACCCCUCGUCCGCAUUCUCGAUCUAUCUAAUAACUCUAUAACGUCUGUUUCGCCGACUGCUCUGCUGGGUCUCAGAACUCUACAGCGCCUCAGCCUGGCCAACAACAGCCUGAGAGAGCUCGACAAGCGGUUGCUUGGACCUAUCCGCUCGCUUUCGCACCUCGACCUCUCACACAACAGCCUGUGGGGUUUCCCUGGAGCCAUGGGGGACAGUUUGAGGAACCUUAGCCACCUGGGUCUAGCGCACAACAGGCUAACACGAUUGGACCGCUCCUUGUUGGAGGCCCUAACCCACCUGGACAGUCUCACACUACGAGGCAACCCCUGGAGGUGUGACUGCCAGCUCAUAGGCCUCAAACUCUGGCUGGAGACCUACCUCUUCAAAGGUGGAGUGGUGGAUGAGGUGAUUUGCUCUCAGCCAGAAGAGAUGAGGGACAGAGACCUGCAGAAAGUCCCCUACCAGCUCUUCCAUGCCUGCAUGACCACAAGCUACCAUUACCUGUUCGCCAACAUACACCACCUGGAGUCUGAGAGGUUACUGCGAGGCCACACCCAUGGCAACCAUGCUCACCCAUCUAGCCACACUCUCCAUGUCCCAAUGGCAAUGGGGGAGGGCUUUGGUGGUGGGGGAGCAGCAGGAGGAGGAGGAGGGGGAGGGAGUCUGCCAGAGUGUGAAGCUAAGCAGAGGCAGCGGCCUGUCAACUUGCGCCACGCAAUUGCCACAGUGAUCAUCACCGGCGUAGUGUGCGGGAUCGUGUGUCUGAUGAUGCUGGCUGCAGCAGUGUACGGCUGCGCCUACGCCGCGAUCAUGGCCAAGUAUCAGCGGGAGCUAAAGAAGAACGAGGAGCUGGCAGCGGCGCAGAGGGCAGAUCAUGCCACAGCAGAUGAGAAGGAACCACUGGAGAAUGCUAUCGCCUAGGAGAUGAUAACAUGAACCCUGGACUUAAAACUCGGGCCUCAACCCUUUAACCUGAUCCUUUCUGGAUGCCAUGUACUUGUUAGUGCACGUGUGCAUAUGAGAAAAAAAAAAGGGAGUGAGAUUCUUUGUGUGUGCGCGUGUGUGUCUGUUCACCUCCAUUCUGAGACUUGGGUAGCUAAAUUCCAGGUAUCUGACUAUGCACUGAUGAGAAGAGUAUCUUCUGCUGUAUGCGGGUGUGAGGGGCAGGCCAAAGAAUCCAAAAGGAAUCAAUUCCAUUUUGUCUGAGAAAUGCAUAUCACAGAUAUGAACAAACUGCUAUAUAUUUAUAAUCGUGUAUUUGUAGGUAUAAUAGUAAAGCUCUGGUAUUUUAAAAAAAAACGGAUUUCAGAGUUUGGUUGUCUUUUGGUUCGUUGUUCAUAAUUUUGAGUGUGAUUUUGAGGUAAUUUUGAAAACUCAUAGUAGGCAGCUGCUGUCAGAUUCUGAUCUAAGUUGUCUGUUUCACUGGCGUGAGAGUAUGAUAACGAGAGUGAGUGUUUGUGUCAGUGUUUCAUUUGUGCUCGAGUGUGUGUGUGUAUGCGGAGAUGUAUACUGUAUGCAGAUAUUUAUAGAGAAUUUAAGAGUUUGUGCCUAAUAAUGUGACAGAGUUUUGAGGAAGAAAGACGCUUUCUUAAAGGAUAUUUUUCUGACGACUGAAGUGAAGAUUCGUUGAAGCAAUAAUGAAACAAACUAAAUGAAAACAACAACAAAACCUGGACUCAGCCUUGUUGUUUUUCUAUGACUUCACAGGUUUGUAAGUGCAGAUAUUGACCCUGCUGCACACAGUCACACCCACAAACACACAAACUUUUAGAUCUACAGUUUUUGAGAACAGUUGAGUCUUGUUUGUGAGUUGAUG